AUGGCAGCGCCUAGGGCAUCUUGGGACCAUGCAUAUGAGAAAGGUCUUGUUGAUAUAAUGCUUGACCACAACAAUCCCAUUUAUCGAGGUCAAAAUGGGUGGACUGCUGAAGGGUGGACUAGAAUUACAAAUACACUCAAUCAGAAAUUUCCACUAGCUCAUUUCACCAAGCAACAAAUCCAAGAGAAGGAUAAGGAUUUAAAAGGAAAUUAUAAGGUAGUGAGAGACUCUCGGAAACAAAGUGGCACGGGAUGGGAUGAUACACUUUGCAUUAUCAUCGCUGAACCUAUAAUAUGGGAUAAACUUAUCAAGGAUAAUCUAAGGGUAAAGAAGUUCCGUUCAAAACCAUUCAUGCUCUUCAAGUCAUUGGCUACACUACAUGAAGGAAGUAUUGCUUCAGGAGACUUGAACUUUGUAUCAAUUCCGCAAGUGGAUCUCACAAGCGAUGCCAUUUCUCCUAUGGAUUCCUCUACCAAUGGUUUGAACCAUAUCUCCUCUACCAAUGGUUUGAACCAUAUCUCCUCUACCAAUGUUGAUGAUGGUAUGUCCUCAUCUGAUCUACAAAGGCAAGGGGCAUCAAGAACAGAUGAACCUGAAGCUACAACAUCUACCAACUCUGAACAAAAGGGAGCACUGCCUGUGAAAAAGAGGAAGCAAAGUCAGAUCGCUGUUGUACUUGAGGAUUACAUGGAUUUUCGGAAGAAACAAUAUGCAAAACUGGUUGACGAGUUGAAGGAAUCAAAGCAAGAUGACAUUUUCUCGAUUGGAAACUGUGUGGCUGCGCUAGAACCAAUGGAAGAUUUAUCAGUUGCAGAAAAAGCAAAGGCACUGCGGCUUUUCAAAUGCCCAAUGAAUCGAGAAAUAUUCAUCAAUCCCAAGGACUCAAAUCUUCGGCUUUAUUGGUUGAAGGAGGAGAUUUCUGAGAUGUAG